AGAACUUCACAAAGAAAUCCUGUCCUGUGAACAAUGAAGAUCUUAGACCCGGGCUAACUCUUAGAGGUGCAAACCCUUUUUGAAUCCUUCCUUGCUGCUCUGGAGCAGAUGCUGAGGCUCUUUGGAGGGACCUUCUCCAGUCUCACACGGCGCCUGCGUGACAGCAGAGGAAGCAACGAGAGAGUCACGACCCUGUGCCCGAGUGCUGAGCCAUGCUGGGCCGGAAAACACGACUCCCCCAGGACCUGAACAGCCACCGCCAGCUGAACCAGUCCUGCCAGGAGGCCGUGCCCCUGCGGACCCGGGCGCCCAAGGACACAGAUGUCAGCUUGGAGGUGUUCAGUGGCUCCACGCCGGAGAUCAAGCCCAGCCGCAGCCGAGCCCAGCAGAUGCGGGACAGGAAAGGGCGCAAAGCUGAGCUCAAAGACUCCAACGGCAGAGAGGCAGAGACAAUUACCUUUAUCUCUGGCACAGCAGAGGCUCCCCCAAACCAGAGCUUUUGCUGUUCCUCUCUGUCUCAGGCCUGGAACACGUACAAGGCUGUUUUCUGUUGUAUAGUGACCUGUGGGGGCUGCUUCCAGGACUGCAGUGUCUGUGUCCCCUACCCGGGGCCCGCCGAGACCUCCACUGACGAUGGAAAGAACGGAGACUAUAACGGGCGGCUGCCAAACAGCCCCACCAACGUCUCUCCCGCUGAGAAGAACGGGAACCAGAUAAAAAAGUCCAGCGUGGGCAGCAGUUUCAGUUACCCGGAUGUGAAGCUGAAGGGCAUCCCUGUCUACCAAAACAGGAGCCCCAGCCACCAGCUGGAAUCGGAUUCCUGCUGCAAGGAGCUGCUGGAGAAGCCCUUCAGGAACAGCAUAGAAAAGCCGCCGCUCCCCAGCAGCCACCGGAGCUCGGAGGAGUAUUAUUCCUUCCACGAGUCUGAUGUGGACAUCAGUGAGCUGAAUGGCUCCAUGUCCAGCAGGCAGAUUGAUGUCCUGAUCUUCAAGAAGCUGACGGAGCUCUUCAGCGUCCACCAGAUCGACGAGCUGGCCAAGUGCACCUCGGACACCGUCUUCCUGGAGAAGACCAACAAGAUCUCGGACCUCAUCAACAGCAUAACUCAGGACUACAACCUGGACGAGCAGGACGCCGAGUGCAGGCUGGUCCGAGGCAUCAUCCGCAUCAGCACCCGCAAAAGCAGGGUCCGGCCCCACAUUUCCACCCCAGCCAGCCAGAGCCACGAGGAGAAGUCCAGCCGGGGCAACGCGCCCGACAGCGGCAACGAGACGAUGCUGGAGUCCAUGGUCAUGAGCCAGGAUGAUUUGGCCGUGCAAAUAUCGGAAGAAACGCCGGCAGAUGUGAUGGCCCGGAAUAUGAGGCGGCACAGCAGCGCAGGCUCUCCAACAAGCAGAGAUUCCUCUUUCCAAGACACAGAGACUGACUCGUCUGGGGCACCUCUGCUUCAGGUGUAUUGUUAA